GUCCACUUGCACUUGCGCCUAAUUGAUAGUGAGAAAAAACCUGCUAUGAGUUAUAUUUAUGAGGUGCUGGAGAAGACCAAAGAAACUAUCAUGAAAUCCUCUAACAAUAAUGAAAGAAAAUAUAAGGAUAUUUGCGAAAUCAUUUAUAAUAGAUGGACUUGCCAUCUUAAUCCCCCAUUACUUGCAUUUAGCCACUUUCUUGACACGGAAUUCUACUAUUGUGAUAUCAACAUGCAGUUUGAUUAAGAGGUGACAAAUGGGGUCUACAAGUGUAUAUACAUAGGUUGGAACCUAGUUAUGAGGUUAGGAGAAAGAUACUCGAGGAUAUGCCAAUUUACAAAACUGAUGGUGGGAAGUUUGGAAGCAAACUUUCCAUUAAACAAAAGAGCACGAUUGCACCAAGUGAGCAUAAUUGAAAUUUGUUACAUAUGUUAUUGCAAUUGCAUGUAACAUAUUUAACAUUUUUUUGUACUUCUCCUUGGUAGCUUAAUGGUGGAGAAUGUAUGAAUUGUCAAACACCAAAUAUGUAACAGUUUGGCUAUCAAGAUCUUGAGCUUGACAUGUAGUGUGUCAGGAUGUGAGCGCAAUUGAAGUGGAUUUGAGCAAGUAAGCAAUCAUAGUUGCUCCAUUAACUUUAACUAGCCGGAAGAAGACAUUAACUUCCAUUUAAAGAGUUAUGGAGAUGGUACACGAUUUUCUCAAAAAUGUAAACUCCAUUCAAAUGUAACUUUUGUUUGUAUUAACUCUCUUCUCCUAUCACACUGUGGAGGUGGGUGGCAACUGGCAUCACAUUGAGAUAAACAUUUCUGAAGACGAUCCCAAUCCGAAGGCAAAACCUACUAGCUAGUUUCACCUUACAUUCCACUUCACACAGCUUCUACUCAACAAAGAACAUAAAAAAAACUAGCAAGUAGAAACCACCAUUGUGUGCGCCAACAAUGGAGAUGCCAAGUGCAUGUUGGGACACCUGGGUCUCAAAGGCACUUGUGCCCCUUAAUUCUCGCAAUCACAUUCUAUCUCUGAGACCCAUCCACCUACGCAAGGACAAGCCACGUUCACAGCCACUGGUGGUGUUCGAUGACAUGCAGCAAUGGGACAGGUCCUCUGUGGAAGUGGAGAUUAGUGAGACCACGUUUAAUAGAUGGGUGAAUUACACCACAAGUUCAGGUGAUGAUGAUGAUGACAUUAUUCACAGUGCAGUUGCUGGUAAUGAUGAACCAGGGGCAUUUCAUGAGAAGUUCAAAAAAUUAAUUUUGUUUUCCACAAAUGAUUAUCUAGGUUUGAGUUCCCAUCCGACUAUUGGAAGUGCUGCUGCAAAGGCAGCUCUAGAACAUGGGAUGGGACCAAGGGGCGCUGCCCUUUCUUGUGGAUAUACCAGUUAUCAUAGGCUGCUAGAGUCAAGCUUGGCAGAUUUGAAAAAGAAAGAGGAUUGCCUUCUUUGUCCCACAGGGUGUGCUGCUAAUAUGGCCUUGAUGAGCACAAUAGGAAGUAUGGCUUCUCUCUUAGCUGGGAAGGAAUUACCUUCUGGUGAUGAAAUGACUGCCGUCUUUUCUGAUGCAUUAAACCAUGCGUCAAUCAUUGACGGCAUUCGUGUUGCUGAGCGGCAAAAAGGAGUUAAAGUGUACAUAUAUAAACAUUGUGACAUGUCCCACCUCAAUGAGCUCUUAUCUCAAUGCAGAAUGAGGAGGAAAGUUGUGGUGACUGACAGUUUGUUUAGCAUGGAUGGAGACUAUGCACCAAUGGUUGAGCUUGCAAGACUUCGCAAGAAGCAUAACUUUUUGUUAGUCAUUGAUGAAGCUCAUGGAACAUUUGUUUGUGGCAAAAAUGGUGGUGGGGUUGCUGAGGAGUUCAACUGUGAAAAGGAUGUGGACAUAUGCAUUGGUACUCUAAGUAAAGCUGCUGGCUGCCAUGGAGGAUUUAUAGCAUGCAGCAAAAGCUGGAAGCUAUUAAUACAGUCAAGAGGUCGUUCAUUCAUAUUUUCAACGGCUACACCAGUUCCAGUUGCUGCUGCUGCUCACGCUGCUGUUGGAGUUGCAAAACAUGAGACAUGGCGUAGAAAGGCUCUAUGGAACCGUGUGAAAGACUUUCAUUUGCUUACAGGAAUCCCUGUUACAAGUCACAUUAUAUCUCUAGUAGUUGGCAGUGAAGACAAAGCACAGCAAGCAAGCCGGUUUUUAUUGCAAUCUGGCUUCCACGUGCCUGCAAUCGGACCACCUGUUGUGCCUCCUAAUGCAUGCAGGCUGCGAGUGGCCCUAAGCGCAGUUCAUACAAGGCAAGAUUUGGAAAAUCUCACAGCUGCACUCUCCCGUUGCAUAAAUUUUCAGGACGUCCGCAUGUAUAGCAGCAAUUGCGGCUAUGCAAGAUUGUAAUUGACAAUAACCAGAAAUAAGUACACGGUGCAUUAUUAGUGGUUCAAUUCAAUUAGAGUCCAUUUAUAGUGGUUGCUUAUUUCAUUCUUCCAUUGUAAUUUAAGUGACCUCAAACUUAAGAGGGGUGAAUUGAGUUCGUAAAUCUUUUGAAUUAUUUGCGUAAAUAGUUGGCGGAUAUCAAUUAUUUAGUAUUGACAUUAG